AUGGCAACCUCUCCAUACCAGACCAACCGAGCACAAGCUCUCUGGCUCACAUGCCUAGCCUCUGCAUUCCGUACAUGCCUUGCUUGCACCAUAGUGGCCCUCACCACCCUCUAUGGCCCACAAGCUCUCCAACACCAAGUAGCCUUCCCAGCAUUCUCUUAUGUGACAGUGAUUCUCAUUGCACCCGAUGCAACUCUAGGUAACACACUUUGUGGCUUAUGGCUGGGGCUCUACGCCACAGCCCAAACUAUCGGACCGGCCAUGUUGAGCUUGUGGCUAAUAGGCCCGGCCCGGCUUUCGAGCGGCAUCACCGCUCUGGCGGUGGGCCUUGCUGCAUUUGUGGUGGCUCUGCCAGAGUUUACUCACUUGGUGUGCAGACGCAUCGCCUUGGGACAGAUUGUGAUUGUGUAUGUAAUAGCUUAUAUGAAGGGUGGGGAGAUACAGGCCAUCAUGCACCCUGUCCACGUGGCAGCAAGUACAGGGAUUGGAGUCUUGGCCUGUGUUCUGGCUUUUUUGGUUCCCUUCCCACGCCUGGCUUCUCGAGAGGUUAAACAGAACGCAAAGCUACUUGGUGAGAAUGCUUCAGAGAGGCUCAAGCUCUUUGUGAAGGCCUUUUGUGCAGAAGACAACACAUCCGCCCUUGCAUCAAUUUCUCAAGCAAAGUCCCUGGCUGCUACGGCAACCAAGCUUUUCCAAACUAUCAAGCGCCACCAAGAAAGUAUGGAGUGGGAGAAACUUCCCUUGAAAUUUUCGAGAUACAAGUAUGCAAAUCCAGGAGACAGAUUGCAAGGCUUUGAGAUACCCUUAAAAGGGAUGGAAAUGGCAUUGACCAGUACUCCUUCAUUCCCAAUUAAGGUGGUAAAUGGAGAGCACAAAGAUGGCCUACUUAGAGUAAACUUAAGCGCACCCUGUGAUUCAACAACUGUUCCUGAAUCAAAUGCAGAAAAUGUUAGGUUCCUCCAAACACUUAAAACCAUCCCACAAACCCAACAGGAUUUACCCCCAAUUUUCUUUCUGUUUUGCAUAAAGCUCUUUCAUGGAAAAUUAUCAGCCACAAGUCCCACAGAGCAAGGCAAAUUAUUGGUUCACCAAAAUGAAGGAGCAAUCGAUUCACGUAAACAAAAUGGGUUCUGUUUCAAAGAGGUAUUGAGUAACUUGUCCAUCAAGGUAAGGAGCAAGAGGCUUAUGAUAGCUUUCAAAUGCUCACUUUCCUUGGGUCUAGCUGUGUUCUUUGGUUUGGUAUACAGCAAAAAAAAUGGUUUUUGGUCUGGACUUCCAGUAGCUAUCAGUUUUGCAUCAGCCAGAGAAGCAGCAUUCAAAGUUGCAAAUGUUAAAGCACAGGGGACUGUCUUAGGCACUGUGUAUGGAGUUUUGGGUUGCUUUCUGUUCCAAAGGUUCUUGUCCAUAAGACUCUUAUCCCUUAUUCCUUGGUUUAUUUUCACCAGUUUUCUCCAGCGUAGCCGAAUGUAUGGCCAGGCUGGUGGGAUUUCUGCAGUAAUUGGAGCUGUACUAAUUUUGGGCAGAGCAAAUUUUGGCCCUCCAAGUGAAUUUGCCAUAGCCAGAAUCACAGAGACCUUCGUUGGAUUAUCUUGUUCAAUUAUGGUUGACUUACUCUUGCAGCCCACAAGAGCUUCUACUCUUGCAAAAGCUCAACUUUCUAGGACUCUUGACACAUUGCAGGAGUGCAUUAACUCAGUGAGUCUUCAAUCAGGCAGAGCCCUUUUGGAAGAGAACCAGAAGAGACUGAAAAAUCAUGUUGAAGAAUUGGGGAAGUUGAUUGGAGAAGCUGAGGCAGAGCCCAAUUUCUGGUUUUGGCCUUUUCAUAGUGCUUGCUAUGGAAAGCUCUUGAGGUCCUUGUCCAAAAUGAUGGACCUCCUACUCUUUAGUGCUCAUGCAGUGGAAGUUCUUGAACAAAAUUCACAAAUGCUUGAGGCUUCGUGGAAGGACAUGGUACAUACAGUAGAAUGUGACCUUGAACUUUUCAAGAAAAUGGUUGGCUCUUUCAUAGAAUGCUUCAAGGAGAUCACCUUGAUAAAAUCAAUCACAGUUCUUGACCAAAAGAGUGAGAUAGCUCAUGAUCUUGAGUUGGGGAAAUCUGGAAACCCAACUAUUUUUCGGAUUUGCGGUUCGAAGGAUGAAGAGAUGGAUACGAUUAUAAGUUCUUAUCUCCAACACUCAAAAGAAGUAGUUGAUAAGAUUCAUGUCCAAAGUGAGGAGCUCAAAAGUCAAAUGGUUUUAUGUUUGAGUUCUUUAGGGUUCUGCAUAAGUAGUAUAAUAAGAGCAACGAAAGAGAUUGAAGAGGAAAUCAAGGAACUUGCUCAAUGGGAGAAUCCCUCAAGCCACAUUAAUUUGUAUGAAAUCUCCUGUAAGAUGCAUGCUUUACAGAAAUAAUGAAAACCAUGCAUGCACAAUUAUUUGAAAGAAGGAGAUGACAGAACACUUAAAGAAAUUGUUUUGUUUGUUUUGUUGGAUCAAGCCAUGCUA